CUGUUGACGUCUUUGUCGCCGUCGCGCACCACCCGGAACCUGACUACCGGUACCCUGACUGCCACAUGGUGCCGCCGACAAUAACAUCCAGAAGGCUGCUUCAACACGUCCCCCGUAAAGCUUAUCCUGUGCGUCUCGGCAACACCAUCUGGAGCCUAGCGCGGGAUUCGGGCCACUGGCCACCAAAUAUUACGUUUGCCGUUUCCUUGGGAAUGGCCGGCAGAUGGUACAGGCCAAAAUACCCGGACAACAUGCUGAACAGACCCGGAAAUUACACGUUGGGCUUCCCGUGCGCGACAGAGGAGCACUCGCCAGGGGGUCAGAUGGUGAAUAUCACUGAGGCAUGCAUCGACCAAAGAUACAGUGGCAACUUCCAGUACGACAUAGCCUACAAAUCCGAAUUCACGUACAACAAGAAUGAGAAGUGGCUGUUUACGUAUGACACGGCACGCGCUCUUCGCUUGAAGUUGUGCGAGACCAAGAAGAAUAUGACGCACUUCCGUUACACAUUCGCCGCCGUCAACAUCCAGUUCGAGGAUGCCAAGGACUACUGCGGCUACGGAGAGUUUCCACGUCUGCGUGCGCUUAAGCUUCUGGCGCACUUUUUCGCCUUCAAUUACACCUCCCCUGACAUGGAGCAAGCGUGCUUAAAGGCAGCGUAACGGUAAUCGUGCGCAAUACA